UUCUGAGCUGGGCUAAGCCCCCUAAAUCUUCAAGAGUCUAGGAACGCCCCUGAUGGGUGAUACGAAGCUUUAUCACAGGUUUAUCUGGGAGCUCUACCACAGCUAACAGCGGUCCCCACUUUGCGGUGAAUCAAAGCGUCAAACAACUCAGCCUGUUUCCCUUAAAUGGAGCUGCCACCUCGUCCAACACUGUUUGACUUCCAUGGAGUCUCCAUGAUCAAAUACUUCACUGACAACUGGGACAUUUUGCAGAACUUCAAAGCCAGACCAGAUGAUAUUCUUAUAGCUACUUACCCUAAAGCAGGAACCACAUGGGUCUCUUACAUCCUGGAUCUUCUGUAUUUUGGGCAGACAUCUCCAGAGCGCCAGGCGUCCAUUCCUAUUCAUGAAAGAGUGCCGUUUCUGGAGAAAAGCGUACCUUCUCAACUCUCAGGUAAAGACUUGGCAGACCAGCUUCCCACCACUCCUCGUCUCAUUAAAACUCAUCUACCAGUCCAGUUUGUGCCCAAGUCCUUCUGGGAGCAGAACAGCAGGAUAGUUUAUGUGGCUCGUAAUGCAAAGGACAGUGUAGUGUCUUAUUUCCACUUUGGCCGCAUGAACAGUAUCCAUCCAGAACCAGGUGACUGGAGCACGUUUCUAAAGGAUUUCAUGGAGGGAAAGAUGGUGUUUGGGUCGUGGUAUGACCAUGUGAACGGCUGGUGGGAGAAGAAACAGACGUAUUCAAACCUUCACUACAUGCUGUAUGAAGACCUGAUUGAGGACUGUGGACAAGAGAUAGACUGUCUCUGUUCCUUCCUUGGUUUGUCUCCUUCAGCUGAGGAGAAGGAAAGAGUCACAAAUGAAGUGAAAUUUGAAAACAUGAAAGCGAACAAAAUGACAAAUUGUUCUGCUGUCCAAGCUAUGAAUCACAAAGUGUCUCCUUUCAUGAGAAAAGGGAAAGUUGGUGACUGGAAGACCCAUUUCACUGUGGCUCAGGAUGAACAGUUCGAUGAGGACUACAAGCAGAAAAUGAAGAAUCCUACACUGAAGUUUCGUACUGAAGUUUAAGUGUUCAGAUCCUUUACUUAAGUAAAAGUACUAAUACCUCACUGUAAAAAUAUUAUAAAAGAAAAAUGUCCCCAGUGAGUAUCACUUUUAUAUAUCUUUAGAUUUUUAUUACUCAUGCAUUAAUGUAAAUUCCGGAUUUUAGUGUUGUAGUUGGUUGUUGUUAAACUGUUUUGCAUCAGACUGCAAUUAAUGACUUUUUUUCCAUUAUGGAUUAAUCUGCUGAUAAUUUUCUCCAUUAAUCGACGGUAAAAAUUUUGAAAAUGUGUGAGAAAUGCUGCCACAAUUGUCCAGAGCCCAAAGUGACACCUUCCCAAUGCAGCAUGGGUCCUAUUGAAAACCUGUACCAGUGACUGAAACCUUUCUAGUCUCCUCGAUUUAAGUGCAUCUCUUACUACCAAAACAAGAAAGUCAAAGAGGUUGUCACCUUGGUUUACUAAGAAAUGUGCCCUUGGCCGUUCUGGCUUCAUGCAACAAGCCACUUUAACUGUUUAAUGCAUAUUUGUCUACAUAGCCUACAUACCUCAUUCACAGUUGUUAUUGAAAAUACUAGUUCCAAUUUGAUAAUAUUGUAUUCAGACUGUAAUGUUUAACGUUAGCCCACUUUUACCUUCUGGGGAAUCCCUCACUUAACACAGCCCAGGCUUGUCUCCUACUAUGAUUAGUAAAUCCGAAAGCAUAACAACCAUCCAGCAUUAUGGCAACGCAAAAAAGUAACAAACUCAGUGUAUUACUUGCUUAUUGGUUGGCAGGCAGCGGAAAAUAACAUCUUUUUGCCCUCCAAGGGAGCGUUUUCCUUGGAAUGUGAUGUCACGGGAAAACUAUGAACAAUAGGAACACAAUUCUAGAUUUCUGCACCACCAUUAAGACUGCUGUGGUUUUAGUUACUUAAUAAACCGCACUUUGAUCCACAGUUUCUUAAUAAUUAUCAACCAAUCUCUAACCUUCCAUUCUUCUAGCCCACAUAUUUAACACUAAUAUUUUUGAACAUUUUCAAUCUGCUUUCUUUUCACCUUUUUACUCCACUGAAACUGUAUGAAAGUACCAGGUUUGAAAAUGGUCACAUUUCUCUGCUCAAGACUUAAAAUAGUGUUAAUGUAAUGUUUUUUGUGAGGUAUAAACUAGCUAAUAUUUCUUCUUGGUGUAUCUUAAAAGAAAUAUUAUGCUAAAUUACCUAAAAAAUACAACUUCAGGUUGCAGGUGAUGUUAGCCUCUCUUCCCAUUGGCUCACAGACGUGGGGUUCCCAGACGUGAUGUCUGCAGUUGGACACUUUUAGUAAUUUUCAUUGAAGGGACUAGGCACUGUCUUUGAGUCUGGUAUCCAGUUCCUAUAAUACAUCCAAACCCUUUUCAUAACAGACAUUUCAACUUGUCAAAGCAGGAAAACAGGUGUAAAUAAUAACAUUAAUAAUGGCACCAUUGGCUCACCUAAACUCAAUGCAGCCAUCAUUAACAUUAUUAACUGUUCUUAUUGGUCAAAAUGUUGUGAAAAGGGUCUAUUAAUUGAAUUGGAUGUGUAUGUUUAACCUGCUGGUCACAAAGGCAAGGUAACAUAGAGCAUGUUUUAUGCCUGUAAAAACAGGAGACUAGUGACAAACAGUCAAUGAAACCCAAAAGGACAGUGAGAGGUGGAUGGUCAAUCUGCAACUGUGCCUACUGUAUGAUAACAGUAGAGACAGAAGUCGGUUUGCAAUGAGAGGGGAAGAAAGGGUAAAUAUUAACACAAGAAACACAGUGGUAAAGAAAAAACAGCAGUCAGAUGAUCAGUACUCUGGACAGAGUACCUAAGUUGGUAAACUAAAUUUUGCAAUGAAUAAAAUGUCAUUGUAUUUUGA